AGUAUUUAGUUUUCUAUAAAAUGCAGUUCACUAGUUGUUGCAUCAGUUUAUUAAUGGGUUUAUUCCUCGUUGUGGGAGUCAUAGCAAACGAAGAAACCGACUGCAAACAAUUUUGUCCCCGUAUUUACCUACCAGUCUGUGGUACCAUUAAAAAUUCUGAGGGCGAAAAUGUAAAAUGUAAUUUUGCAAAUGAAUGUAUGUUGGAAAUCUUUACAUGUAGAACAAAACAAGAAUUAAUUAAGGAGAAAGGACAUUGUGAUGAAGAGUUUUCAGGAUGUGAGGACCUUUUAUAUAAAUUUUAAGAAAUCAAAGUUAUUGUCAAAACAAAUACAUAAUAUAAAAACAAAUAAUAAAGUAAAACAAAAAAAACAGGGUAA